AGCGCAGACAGCUACCUCCAACAUUUCGUUCACGACACGGCCAUUCCGCCUCCUUUGUCAGGGACGAACGACUCCCCAGAUGCUACAUGACCAGAUGCUCGGUCAAUGUUAAUCUUGGGGACGUCACUCGUAUACCGUAACGCCGCCCUUCGAAGCUGGCCGUGGUCACCUUCACUUCAACAUGGCUCCCUCAAGCAAUUCCGCGAAGGCUCUUCAGCAGAACCGCCCGCGGCCUGCUGUACCCAGGACCGUCGUGCCAGCCAUUCCACUGCCAUACAUUCAGAAGCGCCAGCAGCAAGAGGCGGCUCGUGCCAAGGCAAGGGAAGGAGAAGCUGCUGCUCCCACGGUUGUGGAAACACCUACACCCUCUUCUCCCGCCUCGACGACCGCGCACAUCACCCCAGCCAUAGCCAACGGCUCUUCAAAAGGCUACUCAGCUGAGAGACCAGAGGAAAGCAACGAAUCGGCUUCUCCAAUGACGCCUGCUACCUCCGCUACACCGGCUUUAGAGGAAUCUUCACAACAAUCCGACGUUGGGGACACCGAGAUUUCUGCCCAAGACACGACCACAGAAGAACCUCAAGAGACGCCGAGAUCGGUUCCCUCUGAAACCCAAUCCUCAGCCUCGAGAUCGACUUACCAGAUGCCUCCACCCUUCGUCCCUUCGCACCAUGGCCAGUUCAACGGCAUGGGUCCUGAUUCUGCCAAGUACCCUCCGCCGCAGCCGUUCAACGGCCAGCCUCCGAUGCAUCACACCCAUCCCACCGCUGGAAGCGUCAUGUUUGGUGGACAUCCCGACUCGAACAAUUCCUCUCCUGCACCUCCCCCAUCUGCUGGCAACGUCCCGCCGUACCCAUACCAACAAGCGCCUCAGCAUGGAGCUGCUCGUCAUGGCCCUCAUCAGUCCAAUGGUGCGAACGCUCAGAACAUGCCCAAUGGCUUCUCUCCCAUGGGUCCACCGCCGCCUCCAGGCUAUUAUCCACGUCCAGAUGGCUUCAUAAAUCAGAGUGGUAACGAUAACUUUGCUCGCCGUCAAAUGGCCUCCUUCGGACCUCCUGAUAUUUACUCUGGCGCACCCAGCUACGACCCUUCUACCCCGCAAAGCUUCCAUGGGUCGCAAUCAUCUGCGCCGAAUGAACAGGAGAACGGCCCUGCCUUCUACAGCCAGUAUCCUACUGCAGUCGUCAAUGGUAGCAAUGGUCAUAUUGACGAGGUUCGCCUAUACCAACAGCCACGCCCAAAGACUCGUACCGCGUCUCAGCAGGUCGUCACCGAUGCGAACAACUUCCCUGGACCAGUCCGCCACCCAACUCACCAACAGAUGGAUCACUUCGACGGCCUCGUUGGUUACGUCCAAUCUCAGUUUGCUGACCCGACCUUCGCAGACUACACGCUUGAGCUUCGUUACUCAGAUGACCGUGCACCUCCUGUUCGCAUUCCCGGCCACAACUUGAUGUUUGCGCGGAGCCCAGCACUCAAGGCCCUUAUGACAGCUCAAGCUCGAGACAGCAAUAGCGAUGGUCUGACAGUUCGAACUCUGCUCAUCGAGUCCGAUGAUCGUUACUUACGCUCAGAUGGGUUCUGGAUGGCGGUGCAAAGACUCUAUGCUGGCCCUCUCCUGGACUUGGGUGCAGCUGCGAUGGCGGCGACUGCGCAAUUCACAGGUCCAAUGCCAGGUACCCCAACUGAUCGGUUCGAUCUUGCUCUUGGUUACGCUGCAGCUGGUCACAUCCUUCAAAUCCCACCGGUCGUCCAUCGUGGUAUUGAGAAUGCUAGCCACUUUGUCAACUGGGCCACGCUUGAAAAGGCACUCGACUUCUCUCUCGACGGUGGCCUUGAUUCCCAGUGGACCUUGGCAGCCCAACCCGACAUAUCACGAUCCCCAAGCACCUAUGGUCCAGACGUCAACAUACUCAUUUCCAGCGCCUUGAACUGGGUCAUCACCAACUUCCCAGCAGGUUUUAAGCUCGAUUUUUCCGCUGGGGAGCCGACACGGAACCGUAGACUCCCGGCCGUUCAAGACCUUCGCCCAUCUGUUCCGAACCCCCGUCUCAGCAUGAUCAAGUUUGGCGACCACCCCACCGAAGAGAGCGUCCGAUCAACCUCAGCAAACUCGGUCACGGUCACCCUUUCCAAAGUAUUGCUCAACCUCCCGUUCCAUCUGUUGAAGUAUGUUCUGGAGUCACCACGUCUGGGCAAUGUUCAAGGUUGGGCAACAACAGUUCUUCGACAAGAUGUCAUGCACACCGUCAUCCAGGAGCGUGAGAAACGUAGACUCAAGGUCCAUGCGGCUACGUAUGUUUCCAAUGCUGAGCGUAAUGGAAAUGCUAAGGAGUGGGAUUCUGUUGGAUGGCAAGAGAGUGUCGAAGCUCUUGGUGGCAACGAGACAACUCCCACCUUGACUCGAACUUGGGUUGAUUUCACCGUUCCCGACUCCUAAAUUCAUUGGAUGGAAACAUAUGCUGAACGACGGAGAUCUUCUUGUAUUUGAUUGAUUACUGGUGCAUUCGGCGUUGCAUAGGAGCCCUCAUCAUGAUUAUUUUCGAGGGUCAACGCUGCGUCUUUGCAUACAAGGGCGGAUAUGCAGACAGAUCAGGAGUGACUUUUUCUUCUGGCUUACAAUAUUGAGUGCAAACAUUUGCAUACAAUCUGAUCCAGAUUUUGCUGGAGAUGGAUGGGGAAAAAAUCCUUUACAUAAAAGCGCAUGGGAUAGUGGCUUAGUCCUUGUAAUGACCGCAGCAAAUACCUAGGGAGUUGUGCCCAAAAUGCGGAGUUUCCUAGACCGUAGUUUUUCUGCCUAGUGACUCGAAUGACUUGUGAAGGGACAAAUUUUAAUCCUCCCUAAUCUUGAGAUUGGAAGCAAGAUAGAGUUGGGG